GCGCACAGCACUUGGCUGGUACAGCGUCGAGCCCUCGCGCGUGAAAGGCGCCGUAGGUCGAAGCCUGCUGUUCGAGCCGAGGAAGGCCUACGCCCGCGCCCUGGAGCACGCGGAGGCGGCGGCCGACCGCGCGCCCGCCUGGCGCAGAGAGGACCCGAGGUGGCGCGCGCUGGCGGCCUCGUCGCGGGCCGCCGCGCUGCUCGGCGCGGGCCGCUCCGCGGAGGCGAAGGGCGCGCUGAGCGAGGCGCUGCGCCGCGCGGCGCCCGCGCUGCUCGCCCCGGGCGCGGGCGAGGCCGAGGAGAGCCGCCCGCGCUUCGGGGCGGCCCUCGGGGAGGCCCUCGGGGAAGCCCUCGGCGAGGCCGUCGGGGAGGAGGAGGCCUGGGGCGCUGGAGGCGUCAUCCUGGAGCCAGAGGACGAGGCAGUCCAGCUGACACAUGGCCACCUGGUGUCUGUUGCGGAUGGCUUCGGCGUCGCCUCAGGCUGGUACGACAGCAAAUGGAAGACGCUAGACGGGCCAGAUGCCGACCUUUGGGCCAUGAUCAAUGAUGAAAUGCAGUCGGGCAGGGAGCGCCUUGCCUGCGACGUGAUCGAGGGCAUCCACGCAGUGCAUGAGAAGACCGACGACCGCCGCGGCUUGGAGGGGUACGUGCCCGGGAUAGUGGACGUCCUGGCGGCUUUGCGGCGGAUCUCGGGCGAUCAGGCCCCAGUCCCGCUGCCCGUCGUCACCGCCGACGUGGAGGAGCCCCCGCAGGGCGGCCCCGGCAGCCUCAGGGCGUUCCUGCUGGAGAGGGCGGCGUUGGUCUGCAUCGCCACCGGCCGCGAGAGCGACAUGGCCGUGGUCGGGAAGAUCUUCACCGACUUCUGCGAGGCGCGCGAGAGCCCGAGUAUGCAGAGGCUCCUGGGCAUGCUGCAGUGCGCGGGCGCGCUGCUCGGCGUCAGCCAGUCUUUUGCGAGGUCGAGCUUCAGGAACUGCCAAUGGUCUUUGCACUCAGAUGCGGGCAGCGACGCCCUGGGCCUACAGUUGAGCAGUGUCACGACCUCCAUCAGAUUAUUGGAGCCUCAGUCUCUGCAGUAUUGCGAGCGCCGAUGA